AUGGGCUACCGGACUUUGGACACCGCCCUGAUUUACGGGAAUCACGGCAUGGUGCGAGAGGCUAUUGAAGAGUCUGGCAUUCAGCGGGAUGAGCUCUUUCUUACAUCCAAAGUUGGCUUCUUUCCAUCUUCGAUGGACUUGCCACAGGAACAUCAAGCGGCUUUUGGCGUCGCGACACUGCCGAUGCCGGCUGACCUGCCCUUCCACCCUUUGAACGUCAAAGGCAAGGAGAUCGAGGCGAUUGAGCUCAGUCUGAAGGAGCUGGGAGUCGAUUAUCUCGACUUGUACCGGCCACUUCAGCCUUGGAGCCUUGGACCCGAACAUAGUCGAACUGUGCCAUGCCACAAAGACAGUGCGACGAUGUCCCGUGGUGAUUCUGAGGAACUUUCCGCCUCCUUCUUUCCACACCUCUAUCACUAUUGGCCAAAGAUGCCCAUGUGGACAGAGACCUCAGUGGUUGGUGCCCUGAAAGCUCUUGCAAUGCAGGCCAGGGUGCUAGAGGCCUCGCCCUACCUGCCCCCCUCAUUGCUCCCUCAUGAGUCCUUGAAACAAAUUGAUAUCUCAGAGGUCAAAACUCGCCAAAGUCAAGCGAAGCAGGAGCGUAAGAGGUCCUAG